AUGAAAGAGAAGUUUGAUAAGAAUUGGGGGGGUCCACAAAAGAUGAACAAAAUGAUUUUUAUUUCAUGUGUGUUCGAUCCACGCCACAAGUUUCAAUCUCUUUCAUUUCCUCUUGCUGCCAUGUUUGGAGAAACAAUAGGUGUGAAAAGACAAAUUGAGGUGAAGACAUACAUGGAAUCUUUGUUCAAUGUGUAUGCAAAGAAGAAUGGUGGUUCUGGUUCAUCUCCAUCUUCUCCAUCUUCCGGUUCAUGUCCAUCUUCUCCAUCUUCCCCUGGUUCAUGUCCAUCUUCUCCAACUUCAUCUACUUCUUCAUCAUCGCUUUCAAAAUUCAUGUUAGAUUUAAAGAAACAUAAGAAGGGUGAAGGAAUUGAUUCUAAAACAGAGUUAGAUGAAUAUUUGGGUGAAGAUGUUGAGGAAAACUUUGAAAAUUUUAAAAUUCUGGGGUGGUGGAAGUUGAAUUCACCCAGAUUUCCCGCACUUGCUGAGAUGACACGUGAUGUGCUAGUCAUUCCUAUUUCUAGUGUUGCCUCAGAAUUAGCCUUUAGUACCGGUGGACGCAUACUUGAUCCAUUUAGGAGUUCAUUGACUCCUAGAUUGGUUCAAGCUCUUGUGUGUGUCCAAGAUUGGCUUCGGUACGAAUCAACAACUUCGGUUAAAAUUGAAGAAGAUUUAGAUAAUCUUGAACAAUUUGAAGCGGACUUUAUUAAUACCGGAAGAGAGCCUUGCAUCGUUGACAUGUAGAAGUGUUGCAGAACUUGAAAGCGUGCCAGGAAUCAGGAUUGAGUGCGAUUGUCAUAGAAGUUGGAACUUGGAACUCUUUUGUGUAGUCUAUUAAGGAAUUCUGGUUGAGGAUUUCAGUUCAUUAGACAUAUAUUUGAGAUUUCAGUAUAUUUUGUUUUGUUAUGAAGAUUGUGUUUUGUUUAUGUAAUGGAUUCUAUCACAAGAAUUAGGAUUUGCAGCUUUCCUUUUCUUGUUGAAUUAUAAUUAUUAACUAUGUGUAUGUCAAUUAGGACUGAUGUUCGAGAACUUUGUUCACAAGAAUUAGAACUAUAGAGAUGACCAAGAACUAUGUGGAUUAGGACUGAUGUUCACAAGA